AUGCCGAAUUUUUCCGCGGAACCGACUAGUAUGCUACUGGCUUGCAAAGAUAGGUUUGCAACAAGCCUAAUGGUACGAGCAUUCUUGAACGCUUUAGUUACGUGUUGUGGCUCGAGGAAUCAGAUGAUGAACCAUCUAGCUACAGAGCUGGACGGAGGAAGAAAGCAGCAGUUCUAUGUAGUAUGGGGAGGCGGUCGUUUGGCGCGAUUCCGCCAAUUCGACGCGGACUGUGGGCUUGACACCGUCCAGGUGAUCGAGCAACCUACUGCCCAUACAGCUGAUAGAAGCCUGAUCGAUGACGCUGAUUAG